UUGCCUUUUUCAGCUGUAUCCAAUGUUUCGGGAAGUUCCACUAUUUCCAAGGGGAGCGCGGGUAACAAUGUUAGCCGACCUGUAGCGACAGGUUCCAUCCUUAGUGGUGUUUCAGCUGCCAGCGUAGAAUCUGCUCGUACCACUCUAGCGGUGCCACCGUCAUCUGCAUCUGCCGAGAUGCAGUCAACGCGAUCAGCUCCCCACAUGACGGCUUCAGUCUCUCAUGUGAAGGUGUCCCCACAGCCCUCGCCAUCGGUGCCCACUCCAAUCGGAGAUAAAUUUGAAGUUCCGUCGGAGUUCACGAAGGUUUCUUGCAAGCUGUGA